CACACACUCGCUUCAAAGAAAAAUCAUUAAACAAAAUUAAUUCUUAAAUAUUCAAUUUUUCAUUGGGCAUUAGAUUUUUUUUUCCCUCAUUUUCUAGUAUUUAUUGGACUUGCGCAACCGUGGAGCCCUAAGACUCCGAGGUAAAUUGCGGAGGAGUAAUCAUCGGAGAGACGAACUCUCGGAGUAAAAAGCUUCCGAUUGUAUCACUACCAUCCCAAUUUUGAAAUUCGCAAGUUAAUUAGUGGAAAGUAGGAUCUAGGGUUUGGGUUCAUUCGAAAUAAUUUCUGCAAAUUUGGGCUGAUCAUGGAACGAAGGUUAGUCGCUCCAAUGCUUAUUCUUAAGCAUAUCCGUCGCGAGACUGCUUCAUUAGCUUAAUUUGGAAGGCGUUAGGUUCGUUGAGCGGUUAAUUUUAUUUAUGUUCAUUUGGAUCAGUCUCGAGAAGAAUAGUUGUAUGCGUAGUAUCUCUAUACCUGUUGAUUCGUCAUGAAAUCAUCGCAUGAGGUUACAAAGAAUCAUUCGGGUUCUCCUUCUGGGAAGAAAAGUAAGAAGCUUGCUGCAAUAUGUGAGGAGGAAUACAAGAAAAAUCAUGGAGAGUCCCAGGACAGAGAUGGUGGGUCUGGGUUAGCUUGUGCUGACUCUGAACUUCGGCGGAGCUCUAGGGUCAGGAAGAUUCCGUCCAUCCUGGAUGCUUCUCCUCCGCCACCAAAGAAAAGGCAGCGUUUUAAUAAGAGUUCCAGUAGUAUAGAGAAAGGGAAGAGAAAUGAGGAUGGAGAUUCGGAUGCCCCGGAUGGUUGGAAAUCCAGGUUGAGGUCAAGGAGGAAGAAGAACGUUGGUUUCCAAGCGAGUGGGAGACAGAGACGUGUGGUAAAGGGGAAAAGGAAGCUCGUUUUCAGAAACCGUGCCUGUGAGUUGAGUGAAAAAGCAGAGGCAAGUGACAGGGAAGAGGAAAAAGGAGCCCUUAAAGGUGGGAAGCUGAAUAAAGCAAAAAAGCCAGUGGAUGUUAAGGAAUCAGAAAGUUCGGAAGAUGGGGGAAAAGAGUCUGAUACCAGUAAUUCGGAAGAUGUGCAAAAGGAGUCUGAUACCAGUAAUUCGGAAGAUGAGAGUGCUAGCGAGUCAGAGGAAUCAAUGCAGGCUGACAGUGCAGCUAGAGAGAAAUACCAGGAGAAGAAGGCUACCAAAAGAUCCGUUUUUUUAGAGAGUGAGAAUGAAGCUGAAGUUGAUAGAACGGAGACUGAGAGCGAGGAUGGAACAGACAGCACUGACAAUGAGAUUGAUGAUAGUGAUGAAGAGGGGGAAAGUGAGACACAAUGUAGUGCAGAGAAGACAGGAAGUGAGACUGAAGCUAAUGUGGAGGAAAUGAGAGCUGAUACUAAUGUUACAAUGGAAGCAGUACAAAAUGAAAGUCGGAAUCAAAUGGAAGAAUUGGAAAAUGAGAUUGAGAUGGGAGUUGAAGAUGAGAAGAAGGAGAUGAGUGUGAUUGUUUCGGAAAGUGGAAAUGGCACUGGUAUACGAGAAGAUGAGAAUAAGGAGAUGGAUGUAAUUGUUUCGGAAAGUGGAAAUGGCACUGGUAUACUAGAAGGUGAGAAUAAGAAGAUGGAAGUAAUGGUUUCGGGGAGUGGAAAUGGCACUGGUAUACGAGAAGAUGAUAGUGAUUUUGCUGCUAAAGUUAAGAACAGAGAAGGAGAUACUUUACAUCCUGAACUACUUGGCGAAGCUAGCACCGAGAUUAAUGAGAGUUUGAAGCAGAAUGAUGAUAUCGGAGAGCAAGGUGUUUCUAGAACACCAUCUAAUAAUAAGACCAAGGAACAUAAUGAGUUUCUUGAUAGAGGGGGUGAAAGUGUGGAAAUGCCUGACGAGUUACCUAUUCAGAAUGAAACGUGCAAGAAGGCAGUUGACUCAGUUUCCACUUCAUCAGAUAGACUAGGUAAACCUCUCUUCAAACAAACCAGACGCUGUGGUUUAUGUGGAGUGGGUACUGAUGGCAAACUUCCGAAGAAGUUGAUGCAAGAUAAUGGUGACAGUGACGUAGAGGCACCUAGCGGGUCUUCAUCUUCAGAGGAGCAAAAGUAUGACAUAUUGGAUGGUUUUGGGGAUGAUCCUGGAUGGCUUGGCCGUCUCUUGGGCCCUAUAAACGAUCGUUAUGGAAUUUCUGGAACUUGGGUUCAUCAGAACUGUGCCGUAUGGAGUCCCGAGGUUUAUUUUGCUGGUGUAGGAUGCUUAAAGAAUAUAAGGGCAGCACUUUUCAGAGGGAGGUCAUUAAAAUGCACUCGCUGUGAUAGACCUGGGGCAACCACUGGCUGUCGGGUUGAUCGAUGUCCAAGAACCUAUCAUUUGCCUUGUGCACGAGCUAAUGGUUGCAUCUUUGAUCACCGUAAAUUUCUCAUUGCUUGCACAGACCAUAGACAUCAUUUCCAACCCCAUGGUCGCCAAUGUCAAGUCAGAAUGACGAAGAUGAAAACCAAGAGGAUGCGAUUGGAGAUGAAGAAGCACUCAAAUGAUGCCUGGCGCAAGGAUGUGGAAGCGGAAGAAAAGUGGUUUGAGAAAUGUGGUGAAGAUGAAGAAUUUUUAAAACGUGAAAGCAAGAGACUGCAUCGAGAUCUAUUAAGAGUUGCUCCUGAGUAUAUUGGAGGUUCUGAUUCUGAGAGUGGAAAGGCAUUUGAGGGAUGGGACUCUGUUGCUGGGCUUGAAGGUGUAACUCAAUGUAUGAAAGAGGUUGUUCUUAUACCCUUACUAUAUCCAGAAUUCUUUGAUAACCUUGGACUUACACCUCCAAGAGGCAUCCUCUUACAUGGACAUCCUGGAACUGGGAAAACUCUUGUGGUUCGAGCGCUGAUCGGUUCCCUUGCUCGUGGGAAUAGACGGAUUGCCUACUUUGCUCGCAAAGGGGCAGACUGUUUGGGAAAAUAUGUUGGUGAUGCUGAGCGCCAGUUGAGGCUCUUGUUUCAGGUCGCUGAAAAAUGCCAACCAUCCAUCAUAUUUUUUGAUGAAAUAGAUGGUCUCGCUCCAAAGCGGUCAAGGCAGCAAGAUCAAACUCAUAGCUCCGUUGUAUCCACAUUACUGGCUUUACUAGAUGGCUUAAAGUCACGUGGCUCAGUGGUGGUCAUAGGUGCAACCAACUACCCUGAUGCUAUUGACCCAGCAUUAAGGAGGCCUGGGAGGUUUGAUAGGGAGAUCUAUUUUCCACUACCAUCAGUCGACGAUAGGGCUGCAAUCAUCUCACUCCACACUAGGAAAUGGCCUAAGCCGGUGUCUGGAUACUUGCUCAAGUGGAUUGCUAAAGAAACUGCCGGUUUUGCUGGUGCUGAUAUACAAGCUCUCUGCACACAAGCUGCCAUGAUUGCCUUAAAUAGGAGUUUCCCUUUACAAGAAUCUUUGGCCGCUGCAGAGUUGGGAGUGUCUAGCAGUAAUCGUGCUGCUCUUCCAUCCUUCUCAGUUGAAGAAAGAGAUUGGUUGGAAGCUUUAUCCCGCUCUCCACCCCCAUGUUCACGUAGAGGAGCAGGAAUAGCAGCUAGUGAUAUAUUUUCUUCUCCGCUUCCUACUUACUUGGUACCUUCUUUAUUGCCGCCAUUAUGUUCUUUACUUGUUGCUCUUCAUCUUGAUGAACGUAUCUUCCUACCACCUCUUCUUUCCAAAGCUGCGGUUGAUGUCCAAAAUGUGAUCCGUUCUGCUUUGAGCGACAAGAAGAUAACUGAGGGUUGUUGGUGGUCUCAUGUUGAUACCCUUCUCCAUGAAGUAGAUGUUGUAAAGGAUAUAGUACAAAGACUUUCUUGUACUGGGAUACUGGAUGGAGGAUGUGACUUGGUUGGAUCUGUUGCAAGCAUUCCUGGUACUGGCGACUGUAGUUUGGGUUCUGCAAAAUUCAUGGUACCUAGAGUCUGCAGACAUCCUGGGGUUUUGGGGAAUGCCUCUGUAGAAUCAACGAGCAAGUCAGGGUUCCAACUACUUAUUGCUGGAGGACCUAAAUCUGGUCAACGACAUCUUGCUUCUUGUGUCUUGCAUUGUUUUAUUGGUAAUGCAGAGAUGCUAAAGAUAGACACAGCAACAAUUUCACAAGAAGGAAAUGGGGAUCUGGUGCUAGGUGUAACUCACUUAUUAAUUAAAUGUGCUAGCAAGAAAUCAUGUGUGGUAUUCAUGCCAAGGGUUGACUUGUGGGCUGUAAAGACAGAAACUCCUCUGAAUGAAGAGGUCGAGUGUGAUGAUGAUUCUGUACAGGAAAAUUGUUCAGAAAUGGGAGAGGAAAAGGCAUUGCAGAAUGGUGUUCGAGUUUCACAUGCUUGGAACACAUUUUUUGAGCAAGUAGAAACGCUGCGAGUUUCCACAAAGAUGAUGAUUCUGGCUACUUCUGGCAUGCCCUACAAACUCCUGCCUCCUAAGAUACAACAGUUCUUUAAGACUGACCUAUCAAAGGAGUGUCAGCCAACUAUGUCUGAGGCUGUUCCACAAUUCAAUGUACAAGUUGUUGAAAGUUCUGACCAGGAUAUAGCCAUUGACCUGUCUGCUACUGAGUUGUUAAGGCGGGCAAUCCAAGUAUUUCUUCAUUUGGUGCAUCAGGGAUCCCAUACUCACUGUGGCUUAAAGAAGAAAUACAAAGGAGAGGAUCUUGACCAGGGUUGCAGAGAUGCAGCUCCUCAGAAUAAUACUGAUCACAGAGCAGGGGAAGAAGCAGUUGUUAAAUCAAAACGUCUUGAUGAUGGUUCUUUAAAAGUUCCACCAUUACCUAUCAACAUCAAUGUGAAACCAAAAUCAAGCCUGCAGUUAGCUGUCUCCACAUUUGGUUAUCAAAUACUACAGUAUCCUCAAUUUGCUGAACUUUGCUGGGUGACAUCAAAGCUUAAGGAAGGGCCAAGUGCAGAUGUUUCUGGUCCUUGGAGGGGAUGGCCAUUUAAUUCGUGUAUCACUCGCCCUUGUAAUUCCUCGGAGCAGACUAUUACUUCUUCCGAUUCCAACAAUGUUAAAGGAAAAGAUUCCACUGGAAUUGUCAGAGGUCUUACUGCUGUUGGAUUAUCAGCGUAUAGAGGAACCUAUAUAUCGCUGAGGGAAGUCUCAUUUGAGGUACGGAAAGUUCUGGAGCUCUUAGUUGGACGGAUCAGUGUUAAAAUUAAUGCUGGAAAGGACAGAUGUCGAUAUAUUCGAAUUUUGUCUCAAGUUGCUUAUCUGGAAGAUCUGGUUAAUAGUUGGGUAUACGCGAUGCGAAGUUUCGAAUCAACCACUCAAACAGAGUCAACGAAUCCAUUACCUUGUUCUGUAGUCAAUCCAUCAGUGAGGAAUGAGCCAACUGAGCAAGGAACAUCUGAUCAAUUAAAAGGGUCAGAAGAAGACCUGAAAGAAGAUACCCAAAACAUGAAUUGUCCAGACCCUAUAGCAUCUAGUAAUCUUACCGACAAUCAUCAGCCAGUUGUAGAGAUUGCAAAUGGUCAUAAUGGAACAAAUCAUGAAUCUUUUCUUGAAGAUACUGGACAUCUUACAACCCACAGUACGGAUGGCUUAACUUUGGUCAAAGAGAAUGUUGAUGUUAUUUCAGAUACUGAAAUGAUGAUUGAGGAUUCAGGAGUGAAUCCCUUUCGGCAGGCUGUUCUCCUUGAUCUUAACUCUCCUGCAGCUGACCAUGAACAGAAUGAAACUCCACAUGGAUCAUGCGAGGUAGAAACUACAGGAACAGUAAUUUCUUUGCAAGAAAAAGCUGAUUCCCUAGACAAUCCUAAUGGAUCUGGGGAUUCCAAUUCUAUAUCCCUGGAAGAUCCCCACAAAUCAGCUGACUCAAAUAACGGUAAAGCCUGGGAUGGAGUUCAUGGAUUAGAAUCCGCAAACAACAUGCCUGAACCAGUUGAACAAGUUGAAACGACUGGAAGAACCAAUCCUCAGGAUGACCCUAGCUUGGUGUGCUUGUACCGUUGCUGCUCCCAGUGCGUCUCCAUCCUCCAAGAUUCAAUGCAUAAAUUAGUUACUCGCGAAUUGAGACUUGGUAGGAGUUCCAUCACAACAGAGGGUAUACAUGAUGCGGUUUCUUCAUUAUCAGUGGAGCUUAUUUCUGCUGUUAGAAAGUUCAUCUCUGUGAAAAACAAUGGUACCAUGCAGGAAGCGAAGGUCAAAGAUCAUGAGGAAUGUCCAGAAAACGAAGCAUGUUUUUGCAAACGCUUAUCCGGUAAUUUUCUUGCCUCUGUCGAAUGUUGCAGUCAUUCUGCUGAAAUGCAAGGGAGCUUAGAUGAGGGAAAUACAUAUCGAAGACCUAAGACUUGGCUUGAACCAGUAUUCGUUUUCAAAGAUGGAAUAUUGGUUCCGGUGAGUACUGAAGAUGACCGCUCUUUGCAUUGUAAAUAUGAUAGUUUCUGCCUUGGUUCUCUCAUAGAGUUAAUUGCAACUGAGAUGAAGCCUUUUUGAUUGAUUCAUCUGUAAACUUUUUACUCAAAUCAGCUGGUGUCUCUGCCAUUGAUUUGCAGUUACAAGACUAGUAAAAUAUUUUAAUUCAGAUAUGAAAAAAUCAGCAGUUUCUUGGCUCAAACUCCUGUUUCUUCAAGCUGCGUAGUGCGUACUAAUAUCUUUCUCGUGAGAUUAUUUGUGAUGUGAUUAGCAUUCGUUUCUCAGCAUCGUCAACAAAUCAUCAGGUACGCAGCUAAAUUGACUGAUUAGCCACAUCCCACAUGUCACCUAAUAAAGAUUUACGGCUGAUGAACAUAAUUAAUGUUAUAUGCAAUGUCAUACUAUAAUUGGAGAACAAUGUAGGUUCAGAGCUCGAGAUUUAAUGCUUUUACAUUCACAUGUAUUUUAAUAUUAC